CCCACACUUUCCUAAAGAGUCAAAAUAGGGUUUUCCCCAUAUUUCACUUUACGUAGCCAGUGUAUUGUAUUAUUUACUCUCGCUUACUAAAGAUUAUUAUUGUAUACGGUUGAGACAUAUGCAGGAGAAAUGGCAGGAACCGAAACUAACAAUGAUUUCGAUGAAUUUAUCGUUGAUUCGUGUAAAUUGACUCUGGUUAACAAUAUCCAAAACAAAGUUGAACGAAUGUUUAGUAUUAACAUUUAUGUUGAUGAAUCAACUGAUAACAAAGGUGAAAAGAGCUGGUUGAGAGUUGAUGGACAAAAAUGUGACAGAAAAGAUGCCAGGGAAUAUAUUUUGGCAGUCUGCCACCCAGAGUCCACGCAAAAGCUUCAGAUUAAAGACUCUGAUAAGGAUGCCUUUGAUGAAGAAACCCUAGAGGAUAUCGAAGCAAAGACAUGUGCUCAAAUAACACUCCAGGACCUAAUGUUGGAGAUCAGCGGCUCAGAACUGGCAGUCAUCUUGGCAAUGACCACUCUGGAAAGUAAAGGGGCAGUAAGCGUAGACGACACAGAACCAGACGGUGAGAACGACGAACAGACCAAGAAAUCUCAGGCACCUGUUGCUAAAAAUAGAUGGACCACCAAAAUGGACUCUCAGCUGGAAAAACUUCUGUGCAAGCCUGGCAAUAAUAACGAGAGCAUAUCUAUCAUGGACUACACAAAAUCCUCUCCUUCAAUUAAAAUGACAAUUUUGAAAUGUAUGGCAGAUCUUGACGAUAUCAGCGACAGUGAUUUAUUUCCAAGCAGCAGAGAGGAAGCCCCGCCUAACGCGCCGUCGCAUAAAUUAGUUAUUUGUGGCGACAGUGAUGAGGAAAAAAUGGACAGUGACUGUGUUGAUGGGAAAUCUGUGAAACAGUUGACAGAUAGAUUAACCACAGCUCAAAUUUCUCCAUCACCAGAGCGAGAUACUUCCCAUAAACCAGGAAAGGAUAAUGUACAAACCGCAAAUGAAGCUGACAAAAUGUAUUUCAGGACAUUUGGAAACAGUGUUGGAUACACGGAAAAAGAAAUAGAGGAAGGAUUACUUUUUUGCAAAGAUAAAACAACCCCAGCUGAUUUUCUACAAAUACUAAAUGAUUUAAAGGAGAAGAAAUCAGAAUUAAAGAAGAAAAAUUCCUCUGAUAAAAUUUCAACAGAUGGUCUCCCUGGAACGAAUUUUCCUCCACCCCCCAUUGUGCCAUCUUCAUCUUCAACCUCUGUGAAUGGAAGAAGGAGUCUUCCUCAGGAAUAUAAAAAAAAAUUGGUGGAAGACUUUGCAGAAGAAACAGCAGAUUUGUCUGUUGACGAGCUAAAGAAAAGAAAUGCAGAGCGACAGCGACUACUAAAGUCUGCUUUUGAUAACGGCACCAGCAAUGUGCCUGAAUCCAAAUCACCAGUGAAAAAGAAGAGAAGGAAGAAGAAACGCAAGAAAAGUGCUGACACGAAGAAAUUCAUUGGCGAUGGAUCCCAGGAAAAUCCAGCCAUUCUUUGUAGCUCAGAUGAUGACAAAGAACAAACAAAAGUCAUGACUAUUUGGAAUGAAGAUGACAGUGAUGCUUCAGACAGCGAUGAUUGUAUGAUUGUUGAUGAGACAUUCCCAAAAGCUUCCUUGAAAAAAGGAAAGAUUGUGUCAGAUAGUAAUAUAAGCUCAAAUCAGUCAAAUACUGAGCAAAAAACUGCUAGGAAAAGAGCUGGUAGAUUUGACCAACCUCCUAAUAUUGACAAUAACAAGCCCCCAGGUGAACAGUGGACAGUGGUGCAAAAUCAAAAACAGCAGCAACUUCAAAACAUUCAGUACAACCAACCCCCUGGCACUCUUCAGACUCCGUACCUACAGACAGAAGGAGGGCUUCCUCCUUUUAACGUUCCUCCUCCACUCUUGGGACUUGAUUCAGCAAACCAGAUUCCUCCACCAAUUCCUUCUCUUGGACCAGCCCCUGGCAUCCAGCCAAAAAACCUGCGUUAUGUUGUGAUAGAUGGCAGCAAUGUGGCUAUGUGCCAUGGGUGUAAUAAGAAAUUUUCCUGUCGAGGCAUUAAAAUUGUGAUAGACUAUUUCUUACAAAGAGGCCACACGCAAAUCACAGCUUUCGUUCCGGAAUGGCGACGAUACAGACCUCGUCCAGAGAAUCCCAUUAUAGAUCAACCACUUCUUAAUGAAUUGAUGGAGAAUGGGCAUUUAGUUUUCACACCAUCAAGAAGAAUAAAUAAUCGCUUAAUUGCAUCCUAUGAUGAUAGAUUUGUGCUGGAGUUGGCGGAGAGAGAGGAGGGCAUUAUUGUUUCCAAUGACCAGUACAGGGACCUCAUGCAGGAGAAAUACAGCUGGAGGAAGAUCAUUGAAGAAAGACUUCUGUUGUUUUCCUUUGUUGGGGAUAAUUUUAUGCCUCCCUUUGACCCUUUGGGAAGGCAUGGUCCAAAUUUAGAUGAGUUUUUGUGCAAGCCACAGAUCAGGAAGAGGGGGAUGAACCAAAACAACUCACAAUUUUAUCAAAAAAGAGACCCCCAAUAUAAUGCGUGGAAUGCAGGAAAAAGGCAGCAAGAUAAUGUCAACUGGAGAUAUCAAGGGCCACAGCAGCAGGGAAUGGUCCGACCAUACCAGAGGAACCCUAAUCCCUAUGGGUGGUCCAGACCACAGUUAGCCCCCCAAAGACUUUAUAACAAUAAUAAUCAGGGGGCUCCACAGCAGCAGACAGCGCAAGGAAAAGGGGCAUGGGGAGGCAAAAGUCCUGUUAAAUCUUUGAAAGCAGGACCGGCCAGGAGUCCAGCCAAAACAAGAGAAAUUGAAGACAAGCUCAAAGGCAUCUUUCCAGAAAAUGGAGGAAAAAUCAGUGAAAUUCUACAGAAUCAUCCCAGUGAAACAGAUGUGGAGAAACUGUCAAAUUAUCUUAUGAAUGCAAUUUUUUCAGUUUAGAAACUUUUGAAUACAGAAAGUAAAAUGCAAUUUUAUUUCGUGCUCAUUAGCAGAUGUCUAGUAAAUUGAGACUCUGUAAAUUGUAUAGUGUUGCAUGUAUGUAUGGUACACCAAAUUCACAAAAAUGUGAUAAGCAUGGUUAAAAAAAGCACUGUUAAAAUAUAACAGUUUUACACUUGAUGAAGUAAUUGCCUGUAAAUUAUAGUUUAAAGACUGUAAUUAAGCUAUAGAUAACGAUUCCUUAUGAAAAUCACUUCUGUAAUCUAAAAUUUACAUUCAUUAACUAAAGAAUUACUAUUCAUCACAAAUCAAGAAACUAUAUUCAUCAUAUACAUAUGUAAAACUAUUUUUACAUUUAUUUUAUUAUUUAUUUUGGUUGUUAAAUAUAGCUGUCAUUUUACUAAUGAACUAUAUUUAACAAACAAAAUUAAUUUAUAUAAUAAAUGGUCAUUAAGUAUAGUUUUGAGAGAUAUACUAAGAUUAGCAUUUGUUUAUCAUAGUUUAUAACUAAAAACUUAUGUGUAACUACAGUUUUAAUUUGAAUAAUAGUUUAAAGGUGUUAUAUUCAUAUAUUAUAUUCAUGAAUAAGUACGAUACAAAAUCAAAUACAUGAACUAUGUUUCACCAUUGUAAAAUCAGAUUUCUACGAAUAUCUUAAAUGUCUAUAAACCUUACUUUGCAACCUGUUAACCUUAAUCUACAUUUAUUUUGUAAAAUGUACCUUACAAUUUCUGAUUAUUACUUUCUUUGAAAGAUAAACAAAGUUUUGCAAUGGCAAAAUGAAAUAUUUGUUCUCUGAUAAUUAACAUUGUAUGGUUUACAAUAUUGAAAUAGUCAAUAUCCUUUACUAUGACAAGUUGUAAACUAUAGUUUUGCAACCUGUAAACUCAGUUUCUGGGUUAUUAACUGUUUACAAUUUUUUGGUAAAUUUGGUGUACCAUAUGCAUGUUUUCACUGAUACAUUAUUUUUUGCCAAAUUCUUGUAAUUACAUGUACAUGUACCUCAUCAUCUUAAAUUACCAUGAUGAUAUCAGAAAUACUUUGACUUGCCAGUAACAUCAAAAUAUACAUCAACCCUAUACACUGAGUAAUUGGAGCAGCUGUUUCAGUUACAAAGAAUCAUUCAUAUCAGAUUUUGUUCCUCCAAGAAAAGUAUCUAUUAUAUCACUGUUGUGCGAUUCCAGCAUUUUAAAAAAUUAAAGAGUGUUCGAUUGAUAUAUAAUUUGUUUAAUAUUUACUUCAAUAUGAAAAAUUGAUUUGUUUGAAAUACAUACUGUAUAAUAAAGAAAAAAAAAUAAA